AUGUCCACCUGUGCCUGCAAACAGCCUAGCAAAGGCUUUAGCCUUGACUGGAACGCGCCUUUCAGCUUCAGCGACGACACUAUUUUUGCGCUUCUUGAUUGCUCGACUAGUUCUUCGCCUAUAUACAAGUCCAGUACUGACGACAAAAAUUCAACUUUCCCUCUUUGUGAUUCAAAGGGGGAUUCUAUUUGCAGUCUUCUGUAUUCUUGUGAAGCAAUCAGCAGGCUAAGUUUCCCAAUAUCGACGUGCUGUGUGUAUACACCCGUGGAUCUUGGCCCUUCGUUUCAAAUGGAUUUGCAGAAACUGCAGUGCACUUCAUAUUCUGCAAUUUAUGGUUUCAAUGGCCAGGAAUCUAAUCCACAGGGGUGGCAAUAUGGGGUGGCAUUGAAAUAUAAGUUUAAUUUUGAUAAUGAUUAUCCUGUGAUUUGCUCUAGUUGUGAAAAGACUAAUGGAGUCUGUGGAUAUAAUAAUGGACAGUCAUUUCUUUGCAAUUGUCCUGGUGGAUUGAAUACAACGGAAGAUUGUUUCUAUGGGGAUUCUUGGAGCCAUGGUUCAAAAAUUUCCCCAUGGGAAACAGGGACUAUGUCGAUUUUCUCAUUCACAUGGUUCAUCAUUUUGGCCUUUAUGCAAGUCUGA